CGAUUUCUCCAAUUCAUCUCUGAUUCUCAUCUUUUAAGGAUGGUGAUACACGUGGAGACGAUUUAAGUGUCGGUAUAUUUGUGCCAGAAUCCCAUGACAUCGAUCACCACUCGCCAAAAGCAAGAACAAGUAGCUUGUAAGUGCUCGAUACGUUCUCGGAACUGUUUUUUUUUUCUAUAAAAAAAUACAUAACCCGAGCAAGAGGCGCUAAAUGUCAACGUGAGGCUGCGUGAGUGAAAUGACGCGAUGAAAUGACAAAAACGUUAAUUCCAGAGGUGCCAGAAGUGCCACGGAGAUCUCACGACGCGAUCUAAGUGGCGGUCGAUCGUUCGCUGGACAUGCACACGCACACACGCAUUAACAAUUCAAUUAGAAGCGCGGGCGUGUAUGCACGCGAGCGAGCGAGCGUCGCGAUCGCGCAGCGAGAUAAUUACAUCGUACUUCUCUCCGUGGGAUGAAUGAAUGUGACCCGCGCAUUUUUUUCUCCCUCCUGGGUCGCGACGCAGCAAGAGAGAGAAGGACGAAGAGGAGGGGGAGGGAAAAGAAGAGCGGACUGAAAUGAGCGGAGAGCGGAGCGUGCGUGCUCGUAAAUCGGGCGGACUGGAACGGCGUCGCGACGUGGACGCCACUUUAACGCACUUGUCACUCCGAUAGAGCCAUCUGUUGCAAUAUUAAGCACUGGAAGAUUCCUGAGGUCGAAAAUUCGAACUGCCAAGUGCGCGAUCCCCGGAGAAUCGAGAUCCGCGAUACUGCGUUGUGCGGUGUGCGUAGUGCGCGCAUCGACGAGGGGCGAAGACUCGACGAAGAUCAUCGAUCAUCCGGGAAUAUUUAUAAUCGAAGAGACCGUGCCCACCGUGUAUAGCAUAUCAAGAUAAUCUUCGCAGCUUUUUUUUGCCGCCGAUGUGACGAUAAGUGUGAAACUGUUUUUCAGUUUUACACGCGCGCGUGUACGGCGCACAUCUAUCGUAUCUCUCUCCGGUCUCUUGAACACAGCGUGUCGCGAAAGUGAGUGAAGAGAGCAGGAGCGAAAGUGUCGCGAGUUUUCCGAGUGAAAUAGUAAAGUCGGUCUUAAGCGAAAAGGAAAAGGAGAUAAAGAGAUAAGAGACGGCGAGGAAAUGCCGAAGGUUUCGACGUGACGCGGUUUCCCCUCGUGAUGCCGAGAGAUACGAUGUGGGAGGACCGUCAUCGGGCGCGCAAUAGGGUCGAGAGCAAUUGAACUCUCGGCACGUCGGUGGAUUUCGUCGGGAGGGCGACUCAUCGAUCAUGGAGAGGAAGAGUGGAGGUGAGGCGCGGCCGAAGAUCGAAAUCGUCCGCGUCUCGUCCAUCGAACGGAGCAACUUCCGGCCGCUGGACGGGGUGCAGCUGCGUGCUACCUACACCCACGUGCGAGUGGGCACUUACUGUCCGGAACCGGAAGCGGCCAGCAGGACGGAGAACAAGCCGCCGGUCGAACAGACGCGACGCUUCAAGAAAAACUUGGGACCAGUAUCAAGACUGCUCAGACGUCGUCAUCACGCGACAUGCCUUGCCACAAAAUCCUGUGAUAACAUUUAUAGCGUGAAUAGAAAUAGUAAUUCCUUGGACUGGAGGGUCGGCCAGAGCACCAAUAAGCAAGAUCUGCAAGCCAGACAAAGCAAUAGCCUGGACUGGAGGGUAGGAAGAUCCGUCACUUUCGGCUCCAAUCGGCUGCAUUGGGGGGACACGACGCGGAGCGCCGAGCAGCUUUCCAGGAGCGCGCCUCUCACUUCCGAUCAUCUUCAAACGCCGAGCACGAGAUCGAAACUCGUGUCGCUAUUGAGACGCCUCUCCCCGCGCCUGUCCCGACCCGGAAGCAAGGGCUCGCUACAAUCAUCGCCGACGAUUUGUCCGUGGGUACAAGUUGAAUACUCGACGGAAUCGAUCGAGGCCGGUAAACGGGAGGAGUCGCAGGAGAGCGAUGCCAGCUUUCAACAGGAGUUGCAAUUGAACGAGUUGCGGAAACGAAUGGCCGGGAUUGCCUCCACGUCCCAGGUUACGGUGAAGAUCGCCGCCAAGGAGCACGGUGCAGCAGGACAACAGAACUUGUCACGACCCAGGAUUCAAGUGCAGGGACCUGAAACAGAGUGUAACCACCAGCGCAUCCGCAGAACUGUGCACGAGGACCGCGUGGACGAGGAUCGGCGAGCGAGCGGGCAGCCGCGCGGGGGCGGCGAGGUGGCGGGCCUGGACGACGUCGACGACUCCUGCGUCGCGACGGUGACGUCGUCGGUACCCGGAGCCGGCGGCAUCCGCUCGCAUCGACGUACCAGACCGCUUUCUCUGGCCGUGCAGCCCUUAAACUAUCAUCGCUUGGACCCGGACACCAAGCCGACGAUCGGCGCCAGGCGCCAUCCCAACAUGACCAGUCAGGAGAGCAUCGGCAGCUGCAGCCUGGACGUCGACCGCUCCGCGUCCGACCGAUCAGAGAACACUAUAGACUCCGUGUCUGAAAAGACGCUGCACAGUUUGAACCUGUCGUGCAACGGUGAACCGGUGUCGUCACCCGAGAACUUGGCGAACGGCAGCAGCGAGACGUUGCAGAAGUCGCAUCUCAGCCCCGACGAGAAGUUGAACGUCAGCAAUGUUCAUCGUGGCAGUCCGGAGCCAGAACAGCUGACGGCAGCGAAGAAGCCUAGUUAUUUAGGACUGGCGUGCAGCAUAAGUGGCUACUCGGGAAUCACCAGGUACGACAGCAAGCUGAGGGAAGGAUUUCGCUCGAGAGACAGCAGCCCUGGCACAAGGCUGAUCACGAGGGACACGAGCCCUGCAGGUUUCAGAUCCAACGAGAAUCUCAACGUUCCGGCGCCUCAUCAUCCGCCUAAGAGCCAGUCGAUAUCACCGUUAGCGAUGGACAGGCAAAACGGAUUCACGAACGGCAUGAAAGAGGAGUGCAAGGUUGAAACGUACAUGGAAAGUAGAAGCUCAAUCGGUUUGUGUCAGGGCUACUCGGAAGUCGACAAGGCGGUGUCCUUGCACUCGACAUUUUCCGACGUCAGUCCUAUCAGGUUGAACACUUCUGUCAGCAAACGAAGUCCUGGACUGUCGCCAAUAAUGUCCUGCGGUCAACAGAAUAAAUCCUUCAACGCAAGUUUCUCCCCUUCGAAACAAAAAGUUACUAACGUUUCGAAUACAUCGUUUAGUGACACCAAUAUUCUGAACGGCUCGACAGUGGAAGUUGAGAGUCAAGUAUUAAACACCUCGUCGAAUACCGAGAAAUCCUUUAUUCAGCAACGAGUGGAGCGGCUUUACGGGCCAGGUGCUCUAGCGCAGGGUUUCUUUUUCAAACGCAGCACUACUAAGCUAAACACUAGUGACAGUAAUUUCAAUAAAUCCAGUAAUAGCAGUGACAUUUCGAUAGACAACGCAAACGCGGAGGAAUCGUUAAAGAAUCUACCCGUGCUUCGACAUCUGCGUCCAGAAUUUCGAGCGCAGCUUCCUGUAGUCAGUAGUAGAAAGCCGACAGACGGCACAGAACAAGUAAUAAAGCCUCUACAAAGGAUAAUACCAACGCGAAAGACUGAACAGAAAAGCGCUUCAAGCACGAAUUCGCAGAAUACUGUAACGAGAAUAAUUCCGGUUACUAUAGAAGAUGAUGUACCGAAACACGAUACUAGUAGUAAUAAGAGCAUACCCGAUCAGCAGCCAGCCGCGCCGAAAGUAGUGUUACCCGUAUUAGAACCUAGCGCCAGUUCAACGAACAUAGCGAAGCAGGCUCAAGAAGCGGAAAAAAUAGUUGAAGAGAAAGACGGUCAUUACUACAUGAAGUUAUUAAAGCAAGAGACAGAUAGACUGCUCUCGUUGGCCGCGUCUGCAGAGGCCGAAUUAGCCAGCGGCGAUACUGUUGCACUGCCAGAGGAGGCAGCUGGUAAAUUGAGAUCAGCUGCAGGAAAGGCCAGAUUGUUAGCCUCACAAAAGAUGCAGCAGUUUGAAGGAUUAUGUCAGAAGAAUAUUAAUCAAGUGCCGGGUGAGGAAUUUCCGACGACGAAUGAGGACUUAGCUGGCUUCUGGGAUAUGGUAAUGUUACAAGUUGUUCAAGUAAAUGAACUUUUUGACCAGAUAGAAAAGUUGAAAAAGUCGCAGUGGCAAGAGGUCGUGCCCGACAAGAAGACCGCGUCAACCUCUCAACAGAAUGGCAAACGCCGAGUUAUACCAGUCCACAAAGCGAAACCGACCGCGAACAGUGAGGCGAACAAAAAAGCGCGCGAAGCGAGGGAGCAAGCGCGACGACAAAUGAUCGAGGAGCGAAGACGAGCGAUACGUUCCAGUGCGCAGAACGCCGACAAUUCCGUCGAGAUCUUUGCACCCGAAACGUAACGAUAAACUGUUGCGCGUUGAGCCGCAGUUUGGACGAGCGACACAAUCGAUUGGCAUUACGGCUCCUAAAGAAUAUUAGUGUGUAUAGACUAUCAGCUCGAAUACAGAGAGAAAUAGAAAAAGAGAGAAAGGGAGAGAGAGAGAGAGA